AUGUAUCGCGGGCGUAUAUGUCGCGAAAACUGCAAGAACAUGGCGCAUUUGGAGGAAAUUCUGCAAAAACUGCUUAUUCCCGACAAUACAGUGAUACAACAAGUAAUACAGACAUUCCUCGUUUAAUUCAUCUUUCACUGAAUUUGUUGUCAAUUUGCCGCAUUCAUUCCUUUUAUUUUUAGGCAACUGCUCAACUGCGCGAGGCCUUCAAAAACCCUGCAGUUGUUCCGGAUCUCGUCACGGUGCUAGGAUCGUCUCAAAAUCCUCAGGUGAAUUGUACUUCAUUUGCCCGAAAUCUUCCUCAUUUGAGCGACUUGACGUGUUGUGAACUAUACGUGAUUUAUCCUGAUUUCAUGGUGGUUAUGUGACCUAAUCUGCUAAUUAAUGAUUCUCGCACAUAUGACCAAUAUUGCAUGUCAUUAUUUUUACGGCAAAAACAAUAAUAUUGUGAAGCUAUAAGGUCAAGAGUAAUCAAGAUGAUCGAUUUUUGCGGUUCUUACUUGAGAUCUUUGAAGUUGAAAGUUUUAUCUCCAGGCUGUGUCCUUCCUCUAAAACAAAUCCGGUCAUAACUCGCCGUAAAUCACCACGUGGAGGAAAUAUAGAGGCCGGAAAUACAGGGGAAAUCGUAGCUAUUUAUAUUUCAUUUACAUUGAACUAAAUGAACUAAAUGAUGGGCUUGCUAUGUAACUUGAGACCACACUGGUUCUCAUUAUGUGUUAACAAUGUUUAUCUUUAUUACUGCCCCUGUCCCUUGAGAAAAUUUGUGGACUUAGGACUUCUUGCUUUUUGAUGGUAAUACCUUGUUUCUUAGGAAAGGUGUCAUAAAAUAAUGCCAUUUAAUAAACUCAUGUGCAACCACCUCUCACAGAUGAGUGUCUUGCCCAAAAUCAUAUUUCCCAGUCAAAGCAAUAGGAAUUGAAGUUAGAACUCCUUGUAAGCCGCCACCUGCAGUUCUUAGCACGUGGGUUGGUCACCUUCUGGGAGGUUUGACUUUACCUGUCUGGCUAUUUCCAUGUUAUUGAACUCAUGAUCUUGCUGUACUUUAUCAUGAGAUUGUUGUGACUUCGCCAGGAAUUUUAAAGUCUUUCCAGAGUGAUAUUUCUUUUUUACAGGUGGCUUACUGUCCAGAAAAAAAUGCUUAACAGGUCAAUAAUUAUUGACCUGUUACAGAGUUACUUUCUGUACUCUUUUACAGGUAAGACAGUAUGCUGCAGUUUUGUUAAGGAGAAGAGUUGUUAAGCAAUGGACAAAACUCACACCUGAGGUUCAUACCAUGUGAGUAAUCACUCACUUUUUAGGAAUUACAGUAAUGAUGCACUGGUAUAAGACCGUGGUUUCAUUUAAAGUCAUCUACGGUAGAACAUCUUAUUAUCUGCACUUGGCAAGACUGAAUCAAUUGGUUCAUAUCAUAGAAAUAAUGUUUGUUGCUACUUUCAUUGUUUCCACGAAAAAAAAUUUUGCAGGUCGGCCAUAAGCCAAAAAUUUGUUCAUCAUCAGUGGUGCAGUCAAAAACACAUAUUCAGCAUUUAACUGAACAUACUUUGUUGUUUACAAUAUGUCAGAGAUCCUUUUGCUUUAAGAACUGCAAGUUGCAGUGGCAGGUCUAGACCGUCAGGUUUUUGAGGGACUGCUCAUCUAGACCCUAAGGUAAGGAGGGGGCCAGCACUCACAAAAACAUUUCCCUUUACCCUGAGACCCUCAUUUUGGCCUGAAAAUGAGGUGCUGAUCUGAGCUCUCAGGGCCCGUCCUCUACUUCCGCCACCAAGUUAUCUGGCAGAUUAUGUGAACAUGAGAUUGUAUAUUGAUCUCAACGGUCAGUUGAAUUUAAUCACUGAUGAAGACAAAAUAAAUCAUGCCAAAGAGAUGUUUGAGUGUUUUAGAUAAAGCACAUUGAAAAUACUGGAAAACUUUAUAAUAAUAUACUUUUAUAUUGCUUUUUUUUUGGUCCCAGGUUAAGGGAGUCUCUUUUGCAAGUGUUACUUCAAGAACCUCAGUAAGUCACAUUUUAUUACAAUUUUUUGGCUGAUGUUAGCAGACAUACUGACACACUAAGCAUUAGUCUACAGUCUGAAUGACUCAGAAAUAAACCAUAGCAGGAAAAGAUCAGCUCAUAGGGUGCUCAUCUGCAUAGCAGGGUGUCACUGGUUUAGUUUCAAGGGCUGGAAUAAUACUUUAUAGGCUCUAAAAAUAACUGAGGAAGAAGGCAUUUCCUUUAUUCUUCCAAUGGCUAGAUGUUUGCGUGACAUGGAUCACUUCGAAGAAAUUGCUGUCCCCUCUCCUUUAACAACAGACAAUAGGGAGCUUAAGAACAGGCAAUUUGUUGAGCGAUGGACAUCAAUCAAAAGUGAGGACUUAAUUUGCCCUUUAAUUUGCCUUGAUGCUACCUCAUCUGUAUUUCUGAGAGUCUUUUCUCUUGUAGAGGUGAUUUGCUGAAAAAAUAUGGGCAAACCACUGCCCAAGAAUGCAAAAAGUCCACUUUUGGUUACUGUCUGUUGCUCAAGAUAAUGCCUUGACUUCACUAAUAUUACAAUACAGAGUAAUCACCACUGCGGGUCCUCUUGGUUUCUGUUCUCAUUAAGGGGUAUGUACAGGAGGUCUCAAGUGACUCUUUGUCUCCCUUCUUUUUAAGAGUGAGGGUGUUGCAAUUUUGAUGAGGAAUGUAAAGCAGUUUAUCAGAAGUCCCAUGUUGCUUUAUUCCAGACAACCCAUCAUCAUUUUUAUGCUGACAUUGGCCAAUUUGUUCUUGUAUUUUUCUUUAUGAUUUUUCUAGGCCAGUUGUCAGGAACUCUGCAGCACAAGUAGUAAGUGUCUAUGGUCUUUGGUUGUAGAAAGCGUACAUAAUUGUUUUCCUUAGUUUUUUUAGUUAUUUUCUCUCUAUAAGAGGUCCCUGGACAUAAGUAGCAAGUUGACUGUAUAUUGACCAGUACCUGACCCCCUAGAUAGAAUCUCGUUAAGUUUGAACUCUUGUUAGAAGCAUUUUAUUGUAAUUAACAGAGUAACAAACAAAGUUCUUCAGAUGAAGACACUUUCUGCUUUUUGGAAGUGUUUGUCUGUGGGAGCUUUGAGCUUUAUUUAAAAACAGGAAUUUCCAACAGUUAACAACAGUUAACAUCAUAACAUGCCAUGAUGUGGAUGUUGCUGAGAAAAAUUAAAAUCAUCGGUAAAAUAAAAAGUUAAGAAAAUCUGUUGGUACUUCAAUUUGUCUUUGAUGGUGUAUGUUGACAAUAAUUUAUGUUAUUAUCAUUUGUUAGGUAAGUGUAAUGGCAAAGCAUGAUCUACCAGCAAAUCAGUGGCCAGAGCUUUUUGGUUUUCUUCGACAAUACAUCAAAUCACAACAGCCACUUCAGAGAGAGGUUAGCUGCAUGUCUGUAAUCAAUAUUGCUCUUUCUUCUAACUUGAAAAUUACACAUUACGAUAAUUAUUAUGUAUAAACUUGUUGACUUUUUGUCUCAACAAUGUUUUGCCAAGUACAGUGUUGACAAGAGUUGAACACACCCCAUGACAUCUGAAAUGUUGCCUUAUGUUAGAAUACCUUGAAAAGAUAUUUGAAAAUCCUUUUUUCACUCUUAAUAAGAUUAUUGAUCUAUUCCAAAUGCUUUUGUUGGUUCAUUCUUUUUAGAUGGGUAUGUUUCUUCUGAGUUCCAUUACUGAAUCAGCUAAUGAGCAGUUAAGACCUCACUUCCCUUCACUCCUCCAACUUUUCUCCAGUACACUAGAGGAUCAAGAAAGCAAAUUGGUACCAUUUUACACUAUAAGGUGAAAGUUUGUUUCUUGUUCAAAUUUUUGCAUAUAUUAAGCAGCCAGAAUCUUAAUUAUGCACUUCAGUAUUAAAUCAAUGUAGCUUAUGACUAGGGGUAUAUCGUCAUCGUCAUCGUCAUCGUCAUCGUCAUCGUCAUCGUCAUCGUCAUCGUCAUCGUCAUCGUCAUCGUCAUCGUCAUCGUCAUCGUCAUCGUCAUUAUCAUCAGUCUCACUAUCACUAUUGUUAUUAUUAUUGUGCACACCGAUUUUUUUCAUAUUCUCUCAGUGUACUCUAAAUAGUGUCAAUUGACGACCAUUCUUAAUUAAUCAUUUUCUCUGUACAACAGAGCCUUGACAUGUCUUAUUGAAUGUGUUGGAACUGAAGAAAUUGUAAGUUUUUGUUUCCACAAUAAUAUUAUAUAAAUGUUUAAUGAGUUUUCAGUGACAGUGUGAUUAAUGAAGUGUGCAACAGUUAUAAAAUACUGGCAUUCAUGACAUCUCUUUGACAGCUGCAAGUGCCCUGGCAUAAGAGUCAAGCAAUCUUGAUUUGAAAACUUGUCAUUUAAAAGGUGUACAAUAAUGCACUUUAAGCGUUAUUCUGUGGAAUGAGGAGUCCUGCUAUUCAUUGUUGGCAAAUCUGAUAGAUAUAUCUGUGUCUAGUGUAAGCCCUCUGAGGCCCAAAAGUGACAAUAUUAAUAUCAAUUUUCUCCCAACGUUUUCAAUAUACAAUCAAGAGAAAGUUUAUGAGAAUUGAUAAACUGAUUGCCAAUGGGAAUCAAAAAUGCUUUGAUCUUUUAUCAAAUUCUCCCAACUAAUCCUUUAAGGAAAUGUAUGGAGAUCAGUCAGGAGAAUUUGUAUGCUGAUGAUGGGGGCUUAAAGGGUUAAGGCGACAGGGAGAUGGAGCCUUUGCCAGGAAACUGUUGGAAAUUCUAGGAGACAUUAGGCUGUCAUAAGAGUAUUUAUAGUCUUUUAAGUCUCUAACUCUAUUAGAUCCUAUUAAUUUUUACUUGCUCACCAGCUCUUUCAUAGUUCUGUGUUCUUUGGAUUUCCUUGGAUACAGAAAGUUGUUAGUGGUCAUGUUAAGAUUAUGCUCCCUUAAUUUUUUUUGGUUUUACUUUUUAGCCUUUAGUUAGACCACUUGUACCAAAAGUUGUGGGAUUCAUCAACCAAAUUAUAGCCAUAGAUGAGGUAGGUUGUACUUCUUGUUAUCCAUUUAAGCCAUACUGUAACUGUAUCUUUAAUUUCUCUCUAUAAUUUGUUGUCAUAAUAGAAUUGAGUGGAGUACAAUUCAGGAAGUAAUCAGAUGAGCAGUGUCAAAUCAACAAAGCACAUAGCGCAAGGCCCGUUUUGAAAUUACCAGCCUGAUAACCCCUUGAUUAUACAUCACAAAAUCCUUUUACCAAUCAAUAAUAUUUUUCCAGUUUAGUGUACAAAUUAUAUAAUUUACGGACAAAUUAAAUAAUGUAACAGUUUAUCAGAAACCUAUCUCAAAUUAAAAGUCAUCUUUAUUUCUUUGAUUAUGUUAUUGGUUAGCAUAUGGGCUAGAGAAUAAAAUUUCAUUGGCUAGUGACAUUUGCUGCUUUGGUUUCUUUGGCUAUUUAACUGUGGGAAUUUCUGGGAUUUAAAACCUUUUUUACUUUAAAUAUCAUUAUGACUGGAUUGAGCAACUCUUUCUUCCCUUAAUGAUUGAUACUUUUUGCGUUAUUGUCUUAUUCAGGAUAAAGCAUGUGAUGCAAUGGAAAUAUUUGAUGAACUGGUGGAGUCUGAAGUCAGUAUUGUUACUCCCCAUGUGAAAGCUCUGAUUGAGUUCUGUCUUCAGGUGUGUGACCUCUUGAAUGUUUUAUUUACAGUGUGAUAAAUUCAUGGCAUAAUUGAUCAGUUUUUGCAAGAGGGUGAAUGAAAAUAGCUCAUGUCUGGGAGCAAUACUCUGCCUAAAUGACUUGGAAUUCCAACGUAUUUCCCUGGCUUUAAUAUCCGUCUCAUUGUCAAUCCCUUGUGAAGAAUUUGUUUUGUUUCUGUUUUUGUCUCUUAUCUAAUUCUAUUCUCCCUUGUUUUGGGGUAUGGCGAUGCAUUUAUGAAAACAACUUUGAAACAAUAGAAAAUGGAAUUUAAACCACGCAUGAAUAAUUGAACCACAACAUUUAUAUUUUAACUUCCUUGAUAUGCAAAAUUUUUUGCAGAUUGCUAGUAAUUCAUCUUUAGGAGACAAUUUAAGAAUAAAAGCUCUCCACUUUGUGAGCUGGCUUGCAAGAAUAAAACCUAAGGUGGGUUAAUUAGAUUUUUCCUGUUUUCUUUUUUCAUGAUAUGUUUGAAAGUCCUUGAAAGUAAGAACUGUUGGUUAUUCCAUGCUAGGUAAGUUUUAAGAUAGGUUUAAGUUUGGAUGCAGAUUUAAAUCAUUGUGGUAGAAGGUACUGUUAUGUUAAAAUUGUGACAAAGAAAUGGCCAUAAAACAGCUUGAUGAAAAACAGCUGAAAGGGCAAAUGACACAAAGAUGGGUAAGGAUCAAAACUGUGCCACUGACAUAAAAAAGUGCAAAUACAAUGGUACAUGUAUUUUAAUACUAUGGUUUCUUCCUCAAUAUGAGAAUCAAAAGAUUUUGAAAUUUAAGAGUAGAGACAUUAUGGUAUGAAUAUUGUUUUAGUGGAAAAUCCUAAAGGUUAUCCUUUGGCAAAAUAAUUUUGCUCAUUACAGGCACUGGUAAAGAACAAACUUCUCUUGCCAACCUUAUCAGUUAUCUUCCCUCUUAUGGCAUCGCCACCAAAUGAAGAUGGUGAUUUUGAUGAGGAAGAAGAAGAUGAUGAAGUGGAGGAUGGAACAGAAGCCAGCCGACCUUGUGCUGUAGCAUCACAGGUAAAGCGCAUCGCUAUCCUUUAAAUUUCCUCUUAAUUAUUCUUUAUCAAGCUUUUUCUCUCAACUACUAAUUUGAGGGAGUGAGGAUGAAGUGGUUGUUUUGCAUUUGGGCCAGUACAGGAGUUUCAGUAUAAGCUAGUUACUGGUAUGGUACUUGUCUUCUGAGCAGGAGGUUGUGAGUUCAAAGCCCGGCUGGAUCAAUGCUCAGGGUCUUUAAAUAACUGAGAAGAAAGUGUUGCCUUUGUAAUGACAUCUGCAAACGGUUAGACCGUCUAGUCUUCUCGGAUAAGGAUGAAAAACUGUUGGUCCCAUUUCACAGCACUUUCAUGUACUGGUUCUUGUAAUAUGUACGAUGUAAAAGAACCCACACCACUGUUAAAAAAGAUUAGGGGACUUAGACUCCGGUGGUGUGGCCAACCUUUCCUGGGCUGGGUGGAGAGAUCUUAAUGUAGGCAUAACGUCAUGAUCCUCCUUCAGGUGUCACAAUGGCUACAUGUUUGUAUGGUCUCCUGUCACCCAGUGCUGACUUCCACACCCUUCCCAUUCAGCCAUUACCAACAAACUGUUGCCCAAAUUAUUGUAAUCCCUGGGCCUUUAAGCUGGUGCUCGCCUUCCACCUCUAUGACAAUGCUGUCAGCUCUAUUCUUCAUCCUAACAUUUAUUAAUGUGAAUUAAAUCUGUUGUUGUUCUUGACCCCGAGCUAUAAAAAUGUUGCUCUUUGCUGAACUAUGAUUGUUUUUUGUCAGGUUCUGGAUAUUCUUGCCCUUCAUUUUCCUCCCGAGUCUGUUAUUCCACCCCUGGUGAGUCAAUAAAUUAUGUUUAUUAUAUUUUGUCAGGCCAACAAUUUCCAGUGUAACAGAAUGAAGAUAUCCUGGCACGGAUGUAGGAUAAAUACUGACCAAUUUCCUAAACGAUCGCUGAAGGUGCAAGAAGUGCUCCCCUUUGAAAUUUUUCUGGAUUUUAACUCUCUGAAGUCCCCUUUCCUGGGUUUCUGGGUCAUUCAGGCAGGAAAUUGGCCAGUUCCAUUCUCCUCAGGUGAAGCCUUGCAAAGCGGCGGAUUAUUUCAUCAAGAUCAAUUUAUUUAUUAUACUUAAUUAUGAGAAAUUUGACCGAUUUCGAUAACUGAAGAGGUUGAAUAUUAUGAAUUUGAUUCUUAGACUCAAAAGUUAGAGCUAGUACUUCAUGUCUCCUUAGUUGAAUCUUGAAGUAAAGGGUUAAGUUUUGAUAAUCACAUAGAUGCAGUUUGUCACGCCAGCUCUUAACAGUGAGGACCCAUAUCAUAGGAAAGCAGCACUAAUAGCUCUGGCAGUACUAGCUGAAGGAUGUGCAGACUACAUUAGAAACAGGUCAGUGUUUCGCUGUAGAUUCAUUCUAUUCACUUGUCAUUCUAGAAUUUUGCAGCCAGUUAACUUAACCAAGGAAUUGUUGUGCACCUAAUUGUCAGUUUGAUUUGUCACUUUUAAAUAACAAACGAAAAGAAACUUUUUCUUUGUUUCUGUAUACAAGAAAGUGACUACAACCAACCUCUGACAACUCCACCAUUUAGCCUGGUUAUUUUCCAGAAUAAAGCUAUUGUUCUUUGAAUUAACUAAUGUUACAACAAUUUCAGGUACAGCAUUUUGAAUUAUUACUGUUAUUUCUCGUUUAAAGUAUAAGAACCGUGUUAAUUCUGUGUUAAUCAUUUGGAGUCCUGCAAAUACCCCAACAAUAAUACUCUUAGACCCUCUUUACAUGGAGCGGGGGACCCCGGUUUAGUGGGGUAGGUUUCUUUUGUUUUGUGUCCCCCAGAGCGUGAAAACAAAAGAAACUAACCCCACUAGACCGGGUCCCCCACUCCAUGUAAACAGGCUCCUAGUCCAGUGGCAAUCCAGGUACAUUAAAAUAUCCUGUUGGAUUUCAGAUACCUGCAAGCUGCCUUACAGACCAUUUGUAGAGGUGCGAAGUUCCUAACAUAAACAGUAAACAGCAUGAUAAAAGAUCAUUAGUUUCAUUAGUUGCUAUUCUAGGAAACUGAGUCUUCCAUUAAUGAAAAAGCGUUUUUUCAUUGCCAUUUUGUUGUAUUGAAGGUCUUUCAGAUGAAAAUCAUUUAGUACAAAAUGCUGCUCUGUUUGCUUUGGGUCAAUACUCUGAGUAUUUACAGGUGAGGUGAUUUGUUCCUUGUCAGUUCCCAUACAUCUGAAAGAUCUUAUUAGACCUGUUUUAGAAUAUGCCUCGCCUGUCUGGGGAGGGAAGAUCUACAGAGCGUGCAGAACAGAUGUCUAAAUGGGUCUCCUUAGGGGUACUGUUGAGUCCCUUGUAACUAGGCGUCAGAAUUUGACGAGGAAGAAUUUAAACGUAUCCUAGAAUCAGAAGCACAUCCUUGCAAACGUUUUUUAGACAAGCCAGUGGAUCAUGGCCAUAAUCUAAGAUCUUGUAAGACUAACCCAGCGCAGCUAAUGCAUAAUGAUUGACACAUUCAAGUUUGUUGUUCAGAGUUCGCGAGAUUCCCAGCGGCAGUGGAGAACAGUAUUCAAAGUCCGGUAGCACAUAGGCUUUGUAUAAGUUGAUCAUGACAUUUGAAGGAGCUAUAGUCGCUUUAUUUUACGCAAUGCCGCAAUUUAAGCAUAAGCUUUUAUAGCAUCAUGUCUACAUGAGGCUUGUGAAACAGACGCCAAGUAUUUUAAGAGUAGGCUCAAUGCCAAUGAUCUGAUCCUUCACUGAUAGGUGGUAUGUGAACUGGGAUUUGCCCAGAGACAUUGUUUGAGUCUUAGCUAGACAACGAGUAGUCCCCCAUUUUCCUCAGGGAUAGUAGAGCGAGCGAAACGCGAGCGCGCGUAAAAAUAACCCCACGCGAGAAAAGGCGACACGCGACGGGGAGAGAGAAAAAUUUCUCUCUCCCUGCCGCGUGUCGCCUUUUCUCGCGUGGGGUGAUUUUCACGCACGCUCGCGUUUCGCUCGCUUGCUCUACUAUCCCUGAGGAAAAAUGGGGAACUACUCGUAGUCUAAGUCUUAGCCUCAUUGACUUGUAAAUAAAUAACGGAAAACCACUAGGUUAAUUUUAUAACGUCAUUAUUCAAAGUAGAUACAAGAACAACGGCAGACUCGUCAUCUGGGUAGAGAAGAAGUGAGGUAGUGUCAACUGUAUAAUUAAGUUCAUGAAUGCAUUUUUUUUCUUUCUCCUGUUGUCUUAUAGCCCGAUAUCAGUAGAUACAGUGCAGAUAUCCUUCCUCUUCUGUUUGAGCGACUUGUGAAUUCUACAGAUGGUGGAAAGACUUCAGCUAGCAUAACAAGGACGUAUUAUGCUCUUGAAACAUUCUGUGAAAAUUUAGGUAAUCUGUCGGAUAUAAAUAGAAUAAAAACACUGUGAAUAAAAAUAAACUAGAUCUGUUGUAGCCCUAAAAAUGGGGCCGUUUCGGUGGGUGCCUUAAUCAGGGACAAUACAGUCCCAGUGUGGGCUUGAACAGGCAUUUGAUGGGGCUGUGUUUAAAGAGCUCCAGGAGAGGAUGAAUCAGACUUUGGCUUGUAGGGGGCUAAAUUGGCAAUUUGUGGCGAAAACAGAUCUUUUUAGAUUACAUUGUAUAUAUUUAUAUAACUAGAAGUAAUCACUGAUUAAGGAUCCGCGUUCGUCACUUACGCAAACGAAAUCUAGUGGAAAGGAGUCCAGUUUCCCGGCCGAGAUGCCCCUGAUAAAAUCAGUCGGGGCGGCCAAUCGGCAGUCACGCCCGCGACACCUCGAAAAUUUGUGCCUUUGUACCACAGAAACAUCAAGAAUAGGAUGGGUUCUGACGAACACGAUUAUCUUCUCCCCUUAAGAGACUUUUCAUAGAAAUAAUGAAACAGAGUCUGGGCCUCUAGAUUGCAGGUCCAUCGCUCUAAUAGCUGUGAUUUGUUGUGUAGCUUGGUUUACAAAGAACAUUCAUCUUCUUCAUUCAUAAACAACUUAUAACGUCAUCGUUUUUAUAUACCUUUUUGCAGGAGAAGGUAUUCUUCCUUAUCUUCCUACAUUAAUGGAAAAACUGCUUCUUGCUUUAUCGCCAAGUACAGUAAGUAGUAACUAUGUCUGUUAAUAGAGAAUGUUAGCAUCGACAACGAGUACGAGCUCUAGAACGAGAUGAGCGAUUUUGCGUACUGCGCAUCCGUUCUGCGCAUCUCCACGUUUUCAAGUCGUCCUGUCAAGUUGCACUACGACGAGUUCUCACCAAAAACUCGAAGUGGGUAGAACGAUUAGGAAGAGCUGGCUUUCAAAGGUAAAUUCCGAUCGUUUAAUGCAGUUUCUUUUCGUUUCUAGCCUCUCUUUAUCAUCUUGAACAUUCCUUCUAUUAUGUGUUAUGUAAAAUACUGCUUUUGAAGUCGAGGAAAAGCAACCGAACGCGAUAUUCCCUACACAGAGUAAAUUUGCAUCUACCCGGGAAAGUUUCAUGUCUCUCCACAGGCCUCACAGGCUCACGAAAUAACCCCGAAAAUUGCCAUUAUUUGGUCGAAAAUAUCCCAACAGUCGAAGAUAUCAAUAAAGAAUACUUACUUUUUUAUCCAGUGUGGUUGUUGUGUUGAAUUUGAUGGGUUUUAGCGUGUUUUAAGACCGCGACUAACCAUCCCCCGCAUUACCUCGAAAAAUCGAUUAACAAGCAGUCUUGAACGUUUUUUAGAGUCAUUUUUUGUUUUCGAAAUUGUUGUGGAAGCGCUACCUCGACUCAAAUUUGGCGUCCAGUCAUGCGGAAUCCCAUAAUUGUAUUUUCUAUAAUCUCGAACUCGGUGUCAUCGCUAACAUAGAAAGCUGAGAAAACGACUUCGAGAACGAGUACCACUUGAAGUCGUUCUCGUACUCGUACUCGUUGUUGAUGCUAACAUCCUCUAAUUGCAAACGUCAAGCCACUUACCGUAUUUGUUCGAAUAAGCGCCCAACCUUGAAUUAGCACCCAACUCGAAUAAGUGGCCAUCCUAAAGGCAGAAAAAGUUAGUAACCCCCCACCUCCACCCCUCCUCGUCCUCCUCCUCCCAAUCAAACUCAAAUAAGCGCCUACCCCCACCCACCCACUCGAGUGACUAUGAGAUUGAAAUUAAAAUUGAAUAAGUACUAAUUAGAGACUUUCCCGAGGAUGAAGUUUUCUUCAGAGUAUUUUACAGAAACCUUGCUUUCUUACUUCUUCGCAUUUUGUUAUUAGUAUUUAUUGUUUUGUCGCAAAAUAAACAUACUACACUUGCUUAAAAUGGUGAAAAUUUAAUAAGCGCCCAGCUUCGAAUAAGCGCCCACUCUCAAGGUCCAAAAAUUGAAUAAGCGCCCAGGGCGGUUAAUGGAAUAAAUACGGUAUUUGCAUGUUGUUGAAUCAUGAUAUCAAACAAGCGUAUUGUUUUACGGCUCGAAAGUCGUUAUUGUUUAUUUAAGAGCCUGCUAACGAGCUCAGCCGGGGUCAGAAUUUCAUGGCGUAACUCCUGACAAGUUUCUGAUCGAGGUUAAAUACGUAUAGGGAAUUAUUUCUUGUUAAGGCACAGCAGUGAAAGAGCUGACCACGAGACUCAGUUGAUCCACGCUGCAGGCGUAUUACUUUCUUGUAAUGUUCCAUGUUGUAUCGUCUUUAAUAUUCUUUCUUUGUUGUAAUGUUUCGUGUUCUAUCGUUUUUAAUUUUCUCUCUUUGUUUUUUUGUAGAGCGCACAAAUGAAGGAGUUAGCAGUCAGUGCAAUAGGCGCUACAGGUAAUGUUGGCUGCUCUGAUGACAUAUGCUCUUUUCUUUCUCAGUCUUUCAUUUACGCCCCCCCCACCCCCCUUCCCCCCCAUUGCGCAAAAUCCUCUUUUUUCUUUGACAUGAGGAUGAUAAGAUUAUCUUAAUCUAUAUACACAGAAAUUCCUACCGUACAGGAAGAACAUUUACCUCUGUGAUUGGUUGGAUUUGUUUCCUUUUUUCUCGUUUUGUUAGGCACAGUAGUUCUUCUACUUGGUAUGUGUUGGAAUUUUUGAUUAAAACUGCCUUUCUUUUCUUAACAGCGAGCGCUGCUAAAGAGGCAAUGCUUCCUUAUUUCGCUCAAAUAGUUGAGUAUUUAAAGGUAACUCAAGAUAAUUUUUUCACGGUUUACUGUAAAGUUAAUGUAGUAUAGAGCGUUUUCACAUGACGUCACGUCCUCCCCUAUAGCGGUGUUCCAAACCAGUCCUGUGGGGGGUUUCUUUGGUAAACAUUUUCUUUUGUCUCAAUAAAUUCGCAUAGCUGCUAUUCACGUGAGUGAAAAAGCUCUAUAACUCUCAUUACGCAUGGCUUUGAUUGGCCAAUUUUACAGGCAGUAUUCUACGGUCGAUGCUGUAAGUUGCGAAUUCUUGGUCGUAUUCUCCUGUUAAUCUAUGGUGAAAAUCUGGUCCGUAACUUACUGUAGGGACUUCGAAUUCGCUUAUGAACUGUGAACUCUGAUAAUCACUACAAAAUUUUACGUGCAAUUUUUUGUUUAUUGGCCAUUAGAGUUUGUACUUGAGACUGGAUCGGUUGCUUGGAAUUGCACUACUGGACAGCUUUUGGGGACGAACUUUGACCCAGUUUAAUUUCGCAACUUCGUAUUAACCGAUUAAACAAACGGUAGCGUCCCCAAAACAAUACGUGUUUCGUGUGUUAUAAAAGUCACGGCUCAGUUUCUUUGCAACAGUAAAAAACAAAGCUGCCUAUGGAUUAAAAGUGAAAUGUUAUAGAUUUGAUACACUUUUUUGCCACUCGAAAGAGAGCGUUCUUGUUGAUGAGAACGUGGCAAAACACGGUAAUUUUUCAUCAAUCAGUCAAUAUCCAUGUAUGUUACUUUUUCUUUACUGAAACAGUAGUUACGUUUGAAAUCUUCUUGUAUUCAUCAAAAUAAAGUCGCCUUUUUUAAACUAGUAUCAACUUUAGUUCAAGUAGAUACUGUAUUUGCUCUAUGAAUACUGACAUUCUCUCCACAGGAAUAUCUAAGCAACACUGGAUCAGUUGAGAGGAACGUUUUACGUGUGCAAGCUAUUGGUAAGUGGCGGUGGUCCUACCGAACUUUAGAGUUGGUAGUAAACCCCUGGGUCGAGCUGUUCGAAUAGGUGCCAUUGUAACUCAUAUACUCUGUUUGCGGCUAACCUCAGGACAACCCGCGCUAACUGGGCUUGCAACAAAUUGCCCCUGUUUAUUGUCAUUUUUUUGGGGUUAACUUUGCAUCUAAAUGUCCUCCACGUCCAAGGCCCUAACUGUUGAAACGGCGGGUAGUGCAUUGUACUGUUGUAAUUACUCUCACGUAUCCUCCUUUAUUGGCUACUUUGAAGUAACAUGACGUCUAUCAAAAGACCGUUUCCCGCCAAAAGCUUGUGACCCGGCAACGAGGCGAAAUCUGUGACGUCACGGGGUAACAGUGUUUUGUUAUAUCAACUGACGACCGCUGUUCUCAAUUUUCGGAAGUGGCAGUUUACGUGUGCCUUAUGCAAUUAGUACUUAAAGUUGUUCGUUCGAAAGCUGUAACGUGACAACAAGGUUCGGCGUGACAACAGGACGGCGUUGAUUGUUCUUUUUAUUUGUUUGUUUCGCAGAUACAUUGGGUGUCCUAGCAAGAACAAUUGGGUCAGAUAACUUCAUAUCACUAGCAGAUGAAUGUAUUCAGCUUGGCUUGGUAGGUUCCAAACCUAAUAACCUUACUGUUAAACGCUAAUAUGAAGCUCCACCUAUAUGUAUGUCCGCCGGCCGCCGUACAACUUGCUAAAAUCACUACUCUGUGAAGUUGACAACAAGUGCAGUUCCAUACGAUUCCAGAAUCACGAAGAUGUGUGUUUCUAUAGAGCCGCUCUCUGAAGGAGGAGUUUUAUGCACCCUUUAGUACAACAAUUGACAUUACCAGGGAGACGUUCCAUUUUUUAUUCUACCCCCGCUCCCCACCCACCCUCCACCCCAAUAAAGAUGGCUGGAAUCCCAACCCUUAAAUUUUUGUCGGCGCCAUUUGAAAAAUGAAAUGCGAACGGUUCAUUUUUUGUCGGCGCCUUAGAAGAAAAAAUCCGAGCCCCUGGGGUGUGGAAGAAAAGUGGAACGUUCUAGGAUCGUGAAACAAAGACGUUCUGUCUCUCUCUCUUCUCUUAUUAAUUGAUUGAUUCAUUGAUUCGUCUCGUUCGUUCAUUCAUUCACUCGCUCGUUCUUUCAUUCAUUAAUUUAUUCAUUUGUUCGUGUUUUAUUUAUUUUUCUCUGUAGACACUUCUAGAGCAGGACAGGGAUCCUGAUCUCAGGAGAUGCACGUAAGCAUUGUCUUUUUUCGUUAAACUUGCGUAUUGAAUAUGAAAAAAAAAAUCCAGAAAGAAUGACAAAGUAGACGAUCUUUUUUUUUUUUUUUAAAAAUAGAAUUUGACCAGGUUCUGAAGAUCUCAUUGUUUUCGGUGUACUGUUCAAGCUGCCAUCUUCGUCGUGUUUGUUAACUCCAGUCCAGAGGAACCGUGGCGUGUAGUUGUGGUACAUGUUAUUAUCAAAACUUCUUUUCCGUUUAUAUUUUACACAGAUAUGGCUUGUUUGCAUCAGUAUCCACAAUAUUGAAGACCAACAUGGGAAGAUAUUUAAAAGACAUCAUUAAAUACAUGAUUGAUUCAUUACAAUCUACAGAGGGAAUUGUGGUAGGUCACCUCAAUCAUUGAUUCUGGUGUUGAAUGAUUUGAAACCUCGUGUGUUUUACCAGCUAACUGCCAGAAUGGGGAGUGGGAUCAAAGGGCGCAGUUUCGGCUUAUCGUUGUUGUUAAGAAAGAUUUCCUGUGUUGUACCUAUAUUGCGUAAACUAGAGACAGGCUUAUGCUCUAAAAAAGUCGUUAUUUCGGUCAUCGAGCAGGACUAUCGCGCUUGACUGUAGAGUUGCAGGUCGCGGGCUCAAUCUCCCGGGGGCCGGAAUAAUACUCAUGGUCUCAAAGUAACUGGAAAAUGAAAUUAAGGUACUGCCUUUGUCUUUGAGACGGUCUCAUCUCCACUGGGAGACGGAAAAAUGGUUUUCUCUAUUAGUACUUUUCUGCUAAAAACAUUAGCACUCCAACAAAGUGCGUUUUUAUUUGUCAUUUCUCAAAAUGUUGGAUACCAAUUGGGACCAAAUUACUGUGGCAUAAAAGACAAGAAGCAAAAAGCUACCAACUCAGAAAUUAAGAAGUCACGUUUAAUGAGCGCGGGAAAACCUCUUGUUUCUCUGAUGACAGACUCACUAUGCAAGUGAGGACGACCCUAGCUUUCUACUUGAGGACGAGGAUUUAGAAGAUGAUGAUGAAGAUGAUGAUGAGGUCACCGGGUAUGUUUUAAAUAGACCCUUUUAUGUGUUGUCUUCCCAAACAGACCACCUGAUGUUCUAAAGAUGCGGUAAAACGGGCAGCAACAACGUGCAAAUCAUUCAGGUUUUGCAAGUUGCGUGAACGCUGACUUCUGAUUGAAUAAAAUUACGCAGGAGUCACGCAAUACACAGCAGUUACAGCGUCGCUUGCUGCAAAGCAAGAUUGCCUUGAGCCGGUAAAACGCGUAACAUGUACAGAUUUUGUUGCAAAAAGUAGAACUACACUCUACUUUCUGCAGCAACUUGAAUUGUUGCAAGACAGGUUUGAACGUGGUUAGUUGAAACGCGCUAUUCAUCUCGUUUUGCUGCAAUGUUGCAAAACAAGUCACACGUUUUUGUGACCCGUUUUACCGUACCUUAAAACUGUUACGAGUGUAUUUUAAAAGUGUAUGUGGGAGCGAGGGUGGCGCAGGGAAGGGAAGAUGAGGAAUUUUCGCGCGCGAGAGUGCGAAAAGCGCGUGAUCGUCACGUCUCUCGCGCACGAUUUUCUCCUCCCUUUCGAACACCUGCUUAAUAUUGGGAUUCUUAGGUGAUCACCAGUGUUCAUGUGUUGUGUUUUAUUGUAGGUAUAGCGUAGAAAAUGCUUAUUUGGAAGAAAAAGAAGACACUUGUAACGCUUUAGGAGAAGUAGCAGAGAACUCGGGGUGAGGGAAUUGAUUUUCGAAAAUCUCCUUUUCUAUAAUAUAUGUUGGGUGCAAUUUUAACCUUAUUUUAAAUUUUAUUUAAAAUUGUUUUAAACUCAUUAUCAUACAUUAUGGUACCCCAAAACAAAGGAAAAUAAAAUUUCAACCAAGAAUAAAAUUGAACCGCAACGUAUACACUAAGAACAGACGGUCACUUUCCCGAGGGGGGGGGGGGGGGGCGUAAAUAUUGGCGGGGCGGGGGUGCGCUAUGUUGUUGUUGGGGGGGUAUUUUUAAAGUUUUUUUCCGCCGUGAGGUUUUUUGCUAAACUAGACAACAUUUUUGAUCUCAUGGGUCAUCUUCCGAUGUCACACCUCUAGAUUUUUAUAUGACCCUUUUUAUAUUCAUGUUCUUUAGGGGGGGGGGGGGGGGGACUUCCAUUUGACAGGGGCGGGGAUGCUCUUCGUCUUGCUUAGGGGUGUAAAUUUAAGAUUUUGGUCUCACUGAGGGUUUUCUGAGCAAAACGCCAUUAUAUUUAGCCGUGAAGGUCUCCUUUAGGGUUGCAUGCGAAGAAAUAUUAAAAAUUUUAUAUUUUCAAUUGGUUUUAUUUACUCGAUUCAUGAAAUCAAAGUUUAAAAUGGUCUGUUUUAGGGGUCAAAAAGGUUGGGCCACGCCCAGAUUGGUCUCCUUUAGGGGUUUAAUUAAAAAUUUCCGACAAGCAUCCCCACCCCUUUCAUAUGGGAGUCCCCCCAAGCUUACUUUCGCCAGACAGAGCGCUGACCAUCUUACUGUUAUUUAUUCCUUGAUGCAGGAAGGAGUUUCUACCUUAUUUAGAUGAAUCAUUUAAAGAAGUCUUAAAGCUUGUACAGGUAGGAAGAGAGGCUAAAAGGAGCUGUGGCACGAAAUUUAUCCAAAUUUAAACAGUGGGAACUAUCACCAAACUGAGUAAAACAUAAAAAUAACCACACAAAAAAAUGAAAAAACAGGUAUAAAUAACAUAACAAAUGGAAAAGGAGGACUGGCGGAUGGACAAACUUGAAGAAGAUUGAAACGGUUUGCAAUUGUGGUUUUUGAAAACUUGUUAGCCUGACAUUUUUCAAAGUUCAUUUUAGUUGUUUCUACGUUUGAUAUAAUGCACGAGAGACACGAUUGUGUGAUCUCCAAGUAAUUUUUCAAGUUCCAUAGUGAAUAAGGACGUGUAAUUGGUAUCAGCCUUGACACUAGCCUCCCACGCAAACGUUCUCAGGGGUUCGUCACUUAGUGGGGCAGGAACGCGUGACGAACCCGUAAGAACGUCUGCGGGGAGGCUACAGUGACAUAGCCCUUUUAAGCAUUUCCUGUUGUUAAUAUUAUAUACUGCUUAUUAUAAACCGAGAGUGAGGUCAUUACAGGGAAAUCUAGGACCGAGGCUUUGAUGUAUUAGCGAGGUCAAUACAUCAAGGCCGAGGUCUGAGAUUUUCCUGUAAUGACCGAACAGACGAGGUUAAUAAGUUACUUAUUAUAUGGCCUUUUCAUCAUGGACCUGAACCUGGUUGUAAAGUUGUUAGUAAACCUUAUUGGACCUGUCAGUUUCCUCACACAGGUGUACGGAAAGGAGCAGUGAUGGCUUUAGGUCAGUUCUGUAGCGUAUUCCAUAACCUACUGCAAGAAGCUGGUGCAGAAGACAAAACGGCCUGUAUGUUCAUAUUAGUCUUUUUUAUAAGGCAAGCAGGGCGAGUUUGCUGAUUACGAGGCGAGGGGGCCACCGUCGCGUUUAAUUCGAGCUCCCCUAAUGCGCGCACGUGAACGGACUGCCAUCUUGCCUCUCGAAUCCACCAGAACUUCGAUUACUUUAACGUGUUCCAAGCUCUAAGAUUGUAGUGCAGAGAUCGUGAAAAAUGACGCGAAAAACGCGCGGGGAUUGGGGAGAGAGAAGGUGACCGCGUCAAUCGUCUCUAUUUUCGCUUGGCUUGAUUUUGGGACCUCCCUACUACCUAAGAGCCUGGCACAGGCUACGAUUCCUUCCGAUCAAAUUUACUUAGCUUGUGUGUUAAAGGAAACAAUUUAAAGCCACAUGGAAACAGAGACAGGGGGCCAUUGCAAUUUCGCUUAGAUUGCAACGUUGCUCAAAAGCUAUAACAAAAAAGGGGGGGGGGUUCCGUGGACAGCUAGUUUCCCCCCCACCCACCCAAAGUGCUAGCCCGGAUACUAGCCCGUGAAAAAUGCUAGCCCGUGAUCACCAGUUGUACAAGAAAAUGCUUACAUAAAAGAGUGGAGUCUCCAUGGAAUUGUUUUGCUACACCAACAUGGCCGCCGCGAAGUCAUGACAAAACGAUCUGUUGUCUCUUAGGAGACCAGAAAUGUCAGGACUUGAGGAAAACAUUUUCAAGCGAAUAUAGGAAAGAUGCUGCUCGUCAGCUAUAAUUUUUUAACCUUUCCGUGGAGUUCGUUACAAGAUGUUACUAAUCCGUAUUACGUUUCUUUGCAGUGCAGCGUAUGCUUAGUACGACCAUACCAACAUUUAUCACCGUUAUAACAAAGGACAAGGACAGAUCAGUCGCCAUGGCAACACUGCAGUCCCUUAAUGAAGUUUUAAAGUCGGUCAAGAGUUUGAUCAUCGAUGAACAAGGACACCCAGAUGCUAUUGCAAAUGCUGCUAGAACAGUGCUAACGCAAAAGGUCUGUUCGUGGCAUUCUCUGUGCAUUAGCCUACUGUCAAAGUUAGUCAGUGAUAUUCACUAGAAUCCAUUCAUUGGAAAUACUCACAAACCCCGGCAGUGCUUAGCUAAGGGAAUAGUAUACCCCCUAGCCUAUUCACAGACCCUCAAUCUUUUAAUUUUGUCGCCGACUCUCGGAAAGUAGUCUGUGUACAGUCGAUAACCGCCCCCCCCCCCCCCCCCCCCCCCCCCCCCCCCCCCCCCCCCCCCCCCCCGCCGCGCCCCCCCCCCGGCCCGGCGCUUUUCUCCGUCUUGUAGUAUAGAAUAUCUAAACAAAAUAUAUAUUAUCUAGAGAUUUUAGUAAUACCUACACAAACACCGGAGGUGCAGAGGUUAUGGAAAAUAACCAGCCCCCUCUUGUGUUCAACCCCUGUCAAGUUAAUUUAUGGAGCCCCCUCCAGCAAAGAUGGCGUGGGCACCCUCGAACCCCCCGCCCCCCCCCCCCCCCCCCCCCGCUCCCCCCUCGUAAAGACUGAGCAAGAGCUUUCACUUUGCGUGGUGUUUUUAGUGCUCGUAAGUAAGAUACCGAUAAUAAAUAAGUUAUCAAUCUGCACUGGGAGAAGGCGAGCCUGUCGGUUGCAUACAAGCGUAGUCUAGCAAUCAGCGUGCUAACCCUUUGGUCACGCCGUCUCGCGCUAAUUGAAAAGAAACGAUGGUAAUCUAUAAUGAAUUAGGAAAGAUGCGUUCAUUUUACCGACAUUACAGCUUGAAUUUAGCAAAUGAAAUGCCUCUCAUGUUUCGUUUUAGACUGCCUGUCAGCAAGGCGAAGACGAUGACAUUGAUGAUUCCGACCAACAGGCCGAGUUUGAUGCUAUGUUGAUCGAAUACGCAGGAGAUAUUCUUCCUUCGCUGGCUACUGCUGUAGGCGGCCCCACCUUCGCUCCAUACUUUGCUGGCUUCUUACCUCUGUUACUCAAGAAAACUGUACGUAAAGUGUCUUACAUAUAGCUUACGCAGAGAUUCUUAUGGGUCGUCACGCAAUUCUUUCAGGGAAGAAUUGUAGGACGACACAAAAGAACGUCUGUGUAGAGGGCAGUGUCACGCGUAACAUGGAAUAUCUUUUGGGGAAGGGUGGUGCCGUUAAGCUCAUGGCUGAGCAAGAGGGGAGGUACCCUGCUUUUAACCAAGAUUUUUACAUCUAUAAAGGCUUAGUGAAAGUCAUGUACGAGUUACAGCUAAUAAUAUUGAGUCAAUUAUUAUUAUUAAUUUAUUUACUUAUUUAUUUCCACAUUCUUGAGGUUUUUCUCAUACAGUAGGUAACAUAUUGUAUAGACUACAAGUAGUUCCUCAUUUCUCUCACGCAUACCUGUACCAGAGCGAGCGAAAUGCGCUAGACCGCGUUGGAAUCGCUACCCAUGAAAGAUGACACGUAAGAGUAAUACGGACCUUCCUCGCCGGAGAUCACCUGUGGCGAUUUCACCCGCGUUUGCGUCUUCGCAUGCUCUGCUUUCCCUGAAAAAAAUGAGGGGCUAUUCGUAGUUUAAAGACCCAAUACUGUGUCCUGCAACCCAAUGAUGAUAACCUACGUUCUUCAUAAACUUUAAAGCACUGCUCUUCACUCUUCACAUUGACAAAAGGCAAACUUAACAAAUGGCGGGGAUAUAGUCACCUGGUCAUCUCCGCUAUUUGUCGUUUACCACGUGCGCUCAUAAAUUAGACUCUAUUUCCCUUUCCGUUCCUAUAUGUAACGAGUCUUUGGUAAUAUAUUUUUCAUUCUGGCUCUUCCUUUUUCAGAGGAAAUCUUGUCCGGUUUCUGAUAAAUCAUUUGCCAUUGGAACUAUUUCAGAGGUAAAGCUCAUUUUGAUAGUUUAUUUAACGAGUUUACAAUCUUUAUCAUCGAGAAUUCGUUUCUUUUCCUGUUUAUCUUUAUUACUAUAAUCGAAAUGUUCAAGAAGCCGAAAGGAAGAUUGUACAUAAACUAAGAGGUACGUGGAAACCGUGCUUUAGUUGUUCCCUUUUUUUCAGUAACACAACAGAGCUUUAAAUCGCUUUCCGUUUCAUAUUCAGCUGCCAUCAACUUCCACCCUACCCAUCCGUACUAAAUGAAAAUCGUUAGCCCUUCAAUUCCAAAUAUCGACAUGUUUAUUCUUCAUACUAUUCUCCUAACCCUUCUAAGGAGAAUUUGUCUGAAAUCAAACCUUUAUCCUUUGGUCAUAAGUGUCAUCAUGCUUGUGUUUGGUUUAACUCUUCCACUUCCUGACCAAGUAAUUAUGAGAUGAUUCGUAGUUCUAACUUUUGAGUCUGUGGACAAAAUCCUAUGGUAUUGCCAUUCAAAUGAAACCUCUUCAGUAGUACUUUCACACGGUACUAUUUAUUUAAUAUGUAGCUCUAACUUUUGAGUCUGUGGAUGAAUUCCUAUAGUGUGGCCAUUCAGAUGAAAGCUCUUUAGCAGAACAAUUGCAUGAUGCUAUUUAGUAUUAGGAUUGUACAAGAGGAAAUUUGGAAUUUGUGGUGAAUUUUCACUCUGGCCACUGUUUGGAGUAAAGAGGUUAAGCAGUGAUAUUUUUAAAAGAAAUAAGAUGCUGUUUCCUGUGAAGGCUCAAAAAGAUAGAAGUUGUUUUGCAGUGGCUCAACACGUCUUACCCUCGAUAAGUUUGCUUUUAGACGACUUUCCCUUAAAUAACCAAAGAGCACAUUAAAAUAAAUGUAACCAAAGCGAUCGUAAAAUAUUUUGGCUUAAUACGUUCCGCCUACAGAUACUCCUCGCCAUGGGACACGCCAUAGCCCCUUUUGUCCAGCCUUUGUUCCCAGUUUUCAUGACGUCACUCAAGGACGAAGACGAUGAAGUUAGGAGCAACACGAUCUAUGGACUGGGUCUCCUGGCAUUCUAUGGUGGAGAUAUCAUGUUACCGUAUCCUUUCAAUUGUAGUGAAAUUUUACUGGGAUUUUUGUUAGUUUUUCACAACCAAGAGUGGCCUGUAGAGCCUUUUCACUCACAUGGCCAGCCCCGAUGCAAAUUUAUUGGAGCAAAACAAGGAAAACAAUACCCCCACCCCCAUGAUCUUUUGUAGAAGGAUUAAGACGUGCAGAAAGCAACUAGGAUUACAAUCAUUUUUCUCUACUUCUUUUAAAAUAGCACCAACUAGUUUUCAAGUUCAAGUUCAAGUUUAUUAAGAAAAAUUGAGAAAAUACAAAAUAUGAUGUACCACUGCUCGCAGUUAGCUAUAGCUGUCCCACUACACUCUUGUAAGCGAUAUUGAGAGCGCCAACGCAAAUGUGCAACCUGUUGCACUCGCGGGAAAACACGUCAGUCAAUAAUUAGCAUUUUGGAGUUCUGGGUCACGUGAUAAAUUGGUCACUGCGAGGAAGUUGGUGGUUUCGAAAUUCCAGUAAGUGUUUUCCAAUUCAGUUAACUCUUUAAAUUUCUAUGAAAGAGACGACUAGGAGGAAGAGAUUUGACUUUACUAAAAAAAAAAGUCCUCCCUCGAUAACAAAAUGAUAACCUUUUCCCGUUACUAUAACAUUUUCGCUAGAACCCUUAGUAGAAUGACGACGGCUAUCACGUUUUCCCGCCAAAAUGACGCUGGUUCACGCGUGCGCACCACUUAGUGUUGAGAAACCUCGUUCUCGUAGUCGUCCUCGUCUUAGAAUUAACGGUCUCUAAUAAAAAGACCUGUGUUUCCUUGACUAUCCUAACUGCAGUCAUUAUCAGAACGUUUUAGAAUCGCUCUUCGUUUUCCUGUCUCAGAACCAACCUCCUCGAGUUGUGGAUAACAUCUGUGGUGCUGUCUGUAGGAUGAUCAUGGCAAAUAGGAAUUCUAUUCCCCUGGAAAAGGUUUGAAAGGACCGUUAGUACUGUGAUGUCACAUGCGUAAAGGUCUGGGAGGGUGGGGAGGCUUCUGCCUGGUGUAGUAGACUCGCGGAAGCUGGGUCUGGAAACUAGCCACAAAUAAUCUUGUAAACCCCUCCGCGAAAUCAUAAGGGUAGUAAGCAUAACGUAAAGCAAAUCUGCGGCCAAGUACGUUCUCGAAAGCUGAAGAGUGUCUACAAAAGAGUGCUGAACAAGCUGGAAUGGAAUUGCUAGCUCUGGUUAGUAAGUACAGUUUACCAAAAAUGUGCUAUGUUGAGAAAAAGAAUAUUGUAGCAGCAGCGAACAUGUUUUGCCAGUCUAAACUGUCGCAUUGCCAAUUACACUAUUUUCAUACUUACAUGGUAACAACUUUGCCUGUUUUACAGAAUGCAAAUUUGCCUUAAAAUUGGCUGCACUGUUUGACUGAAUUUCUUUCAAAUCUCUUCACGUUUUUACAUUCAUAUCAUUCAGCUGGUAUCCAUUCUUUCAGGUUUUCCCGGGAAUUCUCCAAUGCCUACCUUUGAAGGAAGACUUCGACGAAAACCAUCCUGUUUACUCGUGCAUCAUAGAGUUGUUUAGCGAUCAACACACGCUGAUCCGGCAGUUCCUGCCACAACUUCUAGCGGUGUUUUCUCAAGUUCUUCCCUCGGGAACUUUGCAGGAAGGUAAGUUUCCCCGGGGAAGUGAGGGCUAGGAAUUACUCGUGCAUCAUAAAGUUGUCUAGCAAUGAACACACGCUGAUCAGGCGGUGCCUGCCACAACUUCAGCGGUGUUUUCUCAAGUUCUUCCCGCCGGAAUUUUGCAAGAAGAUAAGUUACCUUGCCGGAGGGGGGGGUGGGGUUAAGGUUAGGGAUUACUUGUGCAUCAUAGAGUUGUUUAGCAAUGAAUACACGCUGAUCAGGCGCUGCCUGCCACAACUUCGGUGAUUUCUCAAGUUUUUUCCGCGGGAUCUUUGCAGGAAGAUAAGUUACCCCGGGCGGGGGGGGGGGGGGGGGGGGGGGGGGAGAGUGUUUUGUGUGGAGGGGGCUGGCGCCUGUGGUGGGGUGGGGGUGGGGGUGGGCGCGGGGCGUUCCUUUCCAUCUAUGAUUUUCUCGCGACGGAUCUCGGGGGGGGCGGGGCCGCCCCCACCAACUUCGGUGUUUUUUUUUUUUUUUUCCGGGGGGAGUUUGGGGGAAAAAAAAGUCGCCCGGGGGGGGGGGGGGGGGGGGUAGGGUUAGGAAUUACUCGUGCAUCAUAGAGUUGUUUAGCGAUGAACACACGCUGAUCAGGCGCUGCCACGACUUCAGCGGUGUUUUCUCAAGUUCUUCUUUGCAGCAAGGUAAGCUCCCGGGGGAGGGGAUGCUCCCCAUAAUGGCCAAUACGGGGAGGCUCCGCCCAAACGGGGUACCCUUAUCAGGUAUAUGAAAGAGUAGGAAAUUCACUUGUUGAAGUGUAUGAAAGGGAAGGGAAAUCUGCCAUUUCGGGUGUAAAAAGUCCUAAGGGCCAACAGAUGCAUUUUAUGGCUGUUAAAAUGUUGAGAAAAGGUUCUGGUUUUGUGAUUUAUUCAUAUUUGAAAGACAGUGCAUUUCCAGCGGUUAAAAGGCGAGCAAAGUUCUAAAAUAGGUAUGUAAAAGGGUACCAUUUGUCAACAGAAGGUAUACGAAAGGAGUACGUUUUCUUUCAAAAAGGGAGCCUCCUUGUAUAACACUUUGUUGAGUACCCACCGUGGCUAAGUUAGCUCUUAGAUAAUUCAUUUAUCACAUGAUAGUCAUAAUGAGUAAUAAGAGGCUGUAGGAAAAACGUUUGGACAGCAAUCCAGGUCAAGGAGUUUUCUUAUAAAAGAAGAGCUCCAAAUCGUAGACUCCUUGGCAAAAUUUCAAAGCUCAUUUGACGCGCCAAAAUCUAUUUUACGCGGCAAUGGUCCGCAAUGCGGAAUAGAGCCGAUUUUCCGGUUGUCUUUUGGUUAAAGAUGAGGGGCAAAGGAAAGUUUAGUGAAACCCUUGUACUCUUAAAAUUACACACACCCUUAGAAUUGGGUAAUAAUUUGGAAAAUGAAUAGUUAUAGUGGUAGUUAUGGAAUUGAGUUUCACAGAGAGACUCAAAGCUCGAAUCGCAAACCAACUAAAUUAAUAAUUAUCAAUUAAGAAGUCUUAUUUUAAUGAUCCCAGCAAAGGUUUUCAUCCACAGCAGAGUGAAAUGUUCGAGCUACUUGCCAAAUAAAUAGCACCUUGUGGAAGUUCUGAAAGGGUGUCAUAUGAAUGUCGACACCUGAGGGUUUUAUUCACAGACUCAAGAGUUAGAUAUGCACUAGAUUUUUCUAUAAUGUGUAUAAUUUACUAAGGAAGUGAAGUAGUUUGCAUUUGUCGGUAAGAUUGACCUGAUAGUUCGUUACAUUUUCAGGCAUCCGUGCUGGACUCAUCAGUAUGAUACAAACAAUACAACAUCAAUCACCACAAAGAUUUCAGAACAUUCUGACAGAAAUGCCUCCAGAGCAUGCUCAAGUGCUUGUAACCGCUGUCUCUCUGCAGGCACCUGGUUGACGUCAUCUUAGUUUAGCGGACAACGCUGAUUGUUGUGCAUAAAAGUUGCGUCGGAAAAGGCCAACGUCUCUCCAAGGAUCACGCUUACUUUUCCAAUUCCAAGCUUUGAUGUCAAAGUUUGGCGUCGGUUUCAUCUUACCGAAGCCGUUUUUGUCAAGAUGGUCGGAAUCCGAUUUGAUAUAACUUAUACCAUAUGAUAUGACCAAUCUACUCAAUCGUUUCUCGAAAACUUGAAUAUUGCUGCGGAUUUUUGCUUCACGAUUUAAAUCACAGAGGAAACAAACUGGGUAACAAUUGAUUUUUAGUUCGGCGGUCAUCAAUUACACAUCCGCACAAAUGAAAAAUGCGAGGAAAGGGAAACUAGUGGUUUAUUCUUCAUCGGCAUGGUACCUGCCCUUCCUACUCAUGAUUCAACUCAACUGGGACAUACAUUCACUAUGUACUUCAAAAGGCAGCUGUGACUAAAAUAACCAUUCCUCGAAAUGUAUGUUAUUUAACUUCAUGUUACCAUCAUAUUCCGCGACGCGCGUUGUAUAACUCACACGAAAUUCUAAAUAAAUACGUCUUCUUGUAUAGCUUACCCUUCGAUCGUUCACCCUCGAACAGCACACGAAAUACUGGAAUAAAAAUGGAACAGUAACCAGGAAUACUAAGAGAGUAAAAUUUAUGACAAAAAGCGUCAUCUGGUGGAGUUUUAAAGACAGCGAACUUAAAGCUUUCAGUGUGAAGCCAUUAUAAACUAAUAUACAUAACGCACGAUUGGAAAAAUAUAUGGUGAAGGGUUGUGUG